AUGGCAGCCUCAUCCACGAAAACAAAGCUGUCUGUAACAGUAGAGAGGCCGACUCCUUACUACUUCGACCUUGGCCUUCUCAUGACAACCGACCCAAAUCCUGUGACGAUCGAUGCCUCCAAACCCGAACAAUCUCUAGCCGAAGUAGCAAGAGAUGGCGCACAAGCCCUCAUCAACCAGCUCAUGACAACCUGCCCCAUAACCGCCAACGCCGAAGGCGUCCUCCUCACCCUGCCCCCCACCUCGACGCCCAUCCCCCGCGAGAAGCCGAUCCCGAAACCGAAGGAACCCACCCGGUGGGAGCGCUUCGCCGAGAAGCGCGGCAUCAAGCCCAAGACGCGCGAGCAGCGCCGCAACCUCGCCUACGACGAGGAGACGGGCGAGUGGCGGCCCAAGUGGGGGUUCAAGGGCCUUAACAAGAAGGGCGAGGACGACUGGCUCGUCGAGGUCGACCCGGAGGCCGAGGCCCGCCGCAAGGAGGGCACCUCCGUGCGCAUGGACGGCCGGCGGGAGCGCAAGGAGCGCGUCAAGAGGAACGACCGCCGGAUGCGCAAGAAUGUCCUCCACGAGGAGAAGGGGAGGAAAGCCUGA